GCAGUGGCCAGGAAUGGGGCGGGUUGAUGAGAUGAUGUUUGUGAGACUGUCAAUGUGGCUCUGGGGAAGUCGGUCAGUGGUUCCUGACUGCACGCCAUGUCUGAUAUUGAUCACUUCUUACGGCUCUGUGAUUGAGGCUGGGGCUUAGAUUUAAUCACUGGUGUAUCUCAGGAACUCAAUCUAUUGGGUGUCAAGCAAUUGUCAAACUGGAAUUGUCAUUGCGAUUCAGACAGCAACAGGUGCUACAUCCAUCUGAGAGAGGCUGGAGUUUCACCACUAGGACCUCAGAAGACUCAAACUUUUUUGCGUGCGGUUGGGCCAGGAGUUUCCUCAGUUACGGCACUCAAUGAGAAUUUAAACCUAACAGCAUGGAUUCUGCAUUACCAAACGCUUUACUUUAGGUUACAGAAGGUGACCCUCAUGAAAUUACUUCCCAUCAAAACUUGAAGAGGACGAGUGGUGAGAGCUGCCAUGACAGAGCCAGUAUUUGCAGCACCUUCUGAUUUGAUAGAUUCUUGCCCAGCUCCAUGUGACCCAGGUUUCGUGCAAGUUAUCGGUCAGAAAAUGAGAAUUCCUAAUAGACUGAAAGUCGCUGAGGAACAAGAGGAGGAGGAGAAAGCAGAAGAUAUUCACCUAUCAACACUGCAGAUGCAGAUUCCUGAAAGAAUAUCGAUGGGAGAAACAGAAAUGCAGGAUAUUGGUGCAAGACCAUACUUAUAUGGUUGGUUCCACAACAACCCAUCGAUAACAGAUCCUCCACCACUCAGUAUCUCUCCUAACUUAAUGUUUGGACCCACCCAUGCUCUGAAUGUGGACCGACCUGAGAGUCCAAUGCAGACUGCUAGUAGACAACGAGCAUUAAGUGAGAAUGAAAUUUGUCUAUCGAGUGUGUCCAGGCGGCAGAGGAAUUUGACUGAUCACUCCAGUGGUCCAGUACAUCCCUUCCCUUCACCUGGACCUGGCCAGGCAUCCUUUUCAAUUCAUAAUGUAUGCAAUGUAGUAAUAUAUAUUGGACACAAACUAACAGAAUACUUGAUGGAAACAGUCAAUCAGAAAAUGCAAAGAAGGAAUCGGUUCUCUAACCAGUCCCUUUCAGGAACCGUGUAUUUGGAUGGAAUGAAUCAGUCAAGGAAUCAAAGCAUGGCCCAUGACUACACAGUACCUGAAGGAGUCCUUGAAAAUUUCAGUGUCAUGGAAAUUGUAACACUUCGACGUCAGUUGAACAAGUUGAAUCGGCGCCUACAAUUAUUGGAACAGGAAAGUCGGGACCAUGCUCGAAAGGAAUUUGUGCUGUAUUCCAUCAUCAUUGCAGCUUGUUUUGUCAACAGUUGGCUCUGGUUGAAGAAGUAAAUUCAUUCUAACUGCAUGUGUAGAGUUGGAAAAGAGUGCUACAAACUGACAGACAGAGACCACCUUCUGAAUGCAGCAGGACGAAGCAUUGUGAAGCAAUUUGUAUUAUCACUGAAAUACAAAGAAAGAUGUCUUUCAAAACAGUUUCUUGACAUCCUUUAGUAAUAUUGUGAUGUUGGUUUGGGCAAGUCCAUAUUGCAAGUGUUAGCGUAAUGUAUUCAAAAUCUAAUUGAUCACUGUAAAACUAACAAACAACGUUUUAUUUAAUCUACAUCACACGGAAAAUCUUACAACACUACUGAUGCGAUGUUCACUGCAAUUAUAGGGAUAAUGAAGAAUGUUAUGCAGAAACAAACGAGUUAACUUGAUAAAGCAUUAACUUCUGGGGAAAAGUACUUUUGAUGGUAAGCAAAAUUGCUUUUGUGUCUUGCACUCUUAGCCCCACUUACCCUCCACCAGCAAUUUUGUCUGAUAUAAUUGGCACUCAUUUUUUGUUUAUAAUUUGCUCAUGUGAUGUGAGUUUCACUAACAAGGCCUGUGAUCAUUUGCCUUGAAGGUGUGCAGGAGGAUCUGAGAAUUUAGUUCCCCUCUGUCUUUUCUCCCCCUCCGGUUUUUCCAUGAAGUGUAUCCAGUUUCUACUUGAUAACUUCUGUGGUGAUACUAUGAUUUUAAGAGGUGUAUUUUCUCCCUUUUAGUUUUAUGAGAAAGGUUGAGUCUGAGGUGAAGAGCAGUCCGCUCCAGCCAGUGUAAAGUAAACAGCUUGUGAGGCCUUGGUUUUUUUUAAAAGUUGGAACAAUAGAAGCAGCCUGAAUGGGUGCAGUCAAGCUCCUGCAGAACCAGGAUUUUUAGCUUUAGCCUUCAGCAGCAGUUACUGCUAAGCUCAUGAAGUUGGAUGUGGAAGCUAUUUUUUUCCUCUCUCUGCUGCAGCUAAAAGCUUGGGCUCUCUUCCUACUGCUAGAGUUGCAUAUGAAGUAGACUGUUUUACUGAAUUUGCCUUUGUCAAGGGUGUGUUUAUAGUAUGCUACUAUUUUGGAACAUGUUACUGUUUAGUCGCUAAAUAAUCUAUUAUUCUGUCAAGUUUCUAAUAGAGUUAAAUUAUUCCAAUUCCUUCUUUCUUUUGUUGUAUUUUAACUGCAGUGUAUGAAUAAAGUGUACUUUGCUUCAAGACUAGUAGUUUGACUGGAAUGCAAUGCCUUACAUGUACCAUUUUAAAAUAAGAAAAUGUUAGGGCCUAGACUAUCUUAAUAAAU